CACGCAUACUGUGGCAAAUGUAUCACAUUUUUCAAAAUUUUGGAAUGCAUUUAAAUCGUAGAACAAUUUUAACUUUUGAUUUUAAUACAGAUUUUAAUUCUCUACAAGUAUUCUCUCAUUACUUUUGACGUAGAAUAAUUAGGGAAGCAGGAAUUCAACAAUUCAGAAUUUUACAUUGAGUUUCCUAUGGCCGUUUUUACGAUUCACCACCCGGUAUAAGAUAAAAUGUGUACUAUGCAUGGACGUAUAAACACAGGUCCAUGGUACUAUGUGUCUUAUUAUUUCAUAAUAACACAAAUAAUACACAUAUAUACACAAUAACACACAUUCAAUGAUCGAAAAUAAUUUAAAAAUAUGGGAAUGUAAACUGUUGUGACGUAAAGUCAAAAAUAUAAGUCUCCCCACCACCGUCGGACAAGACAACCGUAAUUAAAUUAAUCAAGUCUAAUCUUCUAAUAACCGUGGACCAUUAGACACAGCGAAAAAUAACAUGUGUUUUUUUUACGUUUUUACUUAAAAUAACAGGAACAAGCAACACUGCGAGCCAUUAUUAUUGUUGUUGUUUUUGUUUGUUCUUGUUUCUUGUUCAGUUUUGAGUUUGAGUUUCAGUCAUAAAAGGGGGUUUCAGUUUGUUUGUUGUAGUAAAAGUAAAACAUAAACAUACUUCCAAGCCUUAAGUAUAUCAAUUGUAAUAAAAUGGAAGUAAAACAAGAAAUUACAGAGGAAACGUGCAAAAUAGAAAUAGAGUAUAAUGACUUGGAUGAUGCCCUUUUGGAUAGCUUUAAAUGUGAAGUUCAGGAUGAAUGCAACAACCAGGACACAUGUGAUUCUGUAGACUUGAAUAAAUGUCCCAUAAAAACUGAAAUUGAAGAACAUGGAAAUAAAUUCGAUCCAUUUGAAGAAGACCAAAAAACUGAAGAAGGUUAUCCCCAAGAUGAAAACAAAACGGAAAUUACGGAAAAACUCCUUGAAGAUUCAUCUUACAAAGGAAAUGGCAUGAAUCGACACACUGAAGGAAAAAUAUCGAAUAGAAAUAUGAAAGUUGCUACUGAAAAAAGAUCUUAUAAAUGUGAAAUUUGUUCUAAGCAGUUUUCUCACAAAUGGUUUUUGAAGAGACAUAUGAGAGUACAUACUGGGGUAAAAUCAUACAAGUGUGAAAUUUGUUUUAAGGAAUUUAGUGAAGCAGGUACUUUGAAAGUACAUUUGAGAGUGCACACUGAUGAAAAAUCAUACAAGUGUGAAAUUUGUUUUAAGCAGUUUAACCAUGCAUCUAGCUUAAAAACACAUUUGAGAGUUCACACUGGAGAGGAACCAUACAAAUGUGAAAAUUGUUUUAAGCAAUUUAGUGAAGCAGGUACCUUGAACAAUCAUAUGAGAGUUCACACGGGAGAAAAACCAUACAAGUGUGAAAUUUGUUUUAAGCAAUUUAGUGAAGCAGGUACCUUGAAAAAUCAUAUGAGAGUUCACACGGGAGAAAAACCAUACGAGUGUGAAAUUUGUUUUAAGCAAUUUAGUGAAGCACAGAAUUUGAAAACACAUUUGAGAGUUCACACUGGAGAGAAACCAUACAAAUGUGAAAUUUGUUUUAAGCAAUUUAGUGAAGCAGGUACAUUGAAAAAUCAUAUGAGAGUUCACACGGGAGAGAAACCAUACAAGUGUGAAAUUUGUUUUAAGCAAUUUAGUCAAUCAGGUCAUUUGAAAAAUCAUAUGAGAGUUCACACGGGAGAAAAACCAUACAAGUGUGAAAUUUGCUUUAAGCAAUUUAGUCAAGCAGGUAAUUUGAAAGUACAUUUGAGAGUGCACACUGGUGAAAAAUCAUACAAGUGUGACAUUUGUUUUAAGCAGUUUAACCAUGCAUUUAGCUUAAAAACACAUUUGAGAGUUCACACUGAAGAGAAACCAUACAAAUGUGAAAUUUGUUUUAAGCAAUUUAGUGAAGCAGGUACCUUGAAAAAUCAUAUGAGAGUUCACACGGGAGAAAAACCAUACAAGUGUGAAAUUUGCUUUAAGCAAUUUAGUCAAGCAGGUCAUUUGAAAACACAUUUGAGAGUGCACACUGGAGAAAAACCAUACAAGUGUGAAAUUUGUUUUAAGCAGUUUAACCAUGCAUUUAGCUUAAAAACACAUUUGAGAGUUCACACUGAAGAGAAACCAUACAAAUGUGAAAUUUGUUUUAAGCAAUUUAGUGAAGCAGGUACCUUGAAAAAUCAUAUGAGAGUUCACACGGGAGAAAAACCAUACAAGUGUGAAAUUUGCUUUAAGCAAUUUAGUCAAGCAGGUCAUUUGAAAACACAUUUGAGAGUGCACACUGGAGAAAAACCAUACAAGUGUGAAAUUUGUUUUAAGCAGUUUUCUCAUAAAAUUAGCAUCACAUUUGAAAUUGCACACAUGAAACCAUUUCUUUUAAAUAAUUUGGUAUAAUAUAUGAUUUGAAACAACAUACUUCUUCUUAAGGUGCCUUCUACAUUACUGAACGUUGGCUAUAACUACAGCAAAGCUCUCUAUAUUGAGCUGUUUUUAGUAUCGAAUGUGAGUACAUGCCUGUCCAGUCUCUUACAUUCUUCAGCCAGAAGCAUUUUCUUCUUCCUGGACCUCUUCUUCCUUCCAUUAUGAGUCGUAAAAAGUUGUAUCUUUCUCCUCUGUAAGUAGGUAUGUCCUAGGUAACUCGUUUUUCUGUUUUUUACAAUAUUUAGGAGUUCUCUCUCAGUCCCCAUUCAUCUUAUCACCUCGUUGUUGGUCACGUGACACGUGACACCUCGAUUGCUUAAAAUUAGCCUUUUUAUCCAAUUCCAGACUUAUUUUGAAUGUAUAUUUUUCACCCUCGAGACCCCCAAUUUUUGUAAAAUGGAGGGGAUGUAGAAUUGUAAACUUUUUCUUAUAUAAUAAUAGACAAUUUCAACUACCUAUUUCCAAAUUUUCAUCCUUCCUUUAUUUUUUUUGAGGUUUUCGUAAAGUUUUGUAUUCUUUCAUCAGGCUAAUAGUGUGGGUUUUAAAUUUUGUUUAGAAAUGAGAUUAUAUUGUAUAUUCCAAUAUACUUGUAGAAGUGUAAGUAAGUAAGUGUAAGUCCAAAAUGGUAAUAAUAAUACAAUAAUACAAUAAAAUAAAAUAUAUAGAUAUCACAAACUUAAUUACGUAAUUCAGAUUUACAUUUCACAAUAAUGACUAUUGCACAUGACUAUAUCUAUUCCACAACCACUCAAAUAAACAUACACCUGAGGCCCGAAAUGAAUUCAGCUUUCGGUGUAAAAAUGUCAAUGGAUGAACGGAUGAGUUGUAUAUCUAAAUAAACUAUAUCAUAAAAAAUAUUUACAAUUGGAUUCAGUGGUUUUCCCAAAAAUAAAUUAUCCCAACAGAACUGUGACAAAAAAUCAGUUAUUUUCACAUAGUCAGCUGACUUGAAGUCCCUAUAGAAUCCGUCACUAACCAAACCACUAUCAUUGGGUCGCUUUUGGUUAUCUUUACCUCAAAUUCCAGGGGUUUGUGAAGCAUACCCUCCCUCAAAAGAGCUUCAUCUGCUCUAGUCACAGUAACAUCAGCAUCAUCAACCAGCACCAAGUCCAGAAUAUUAUCAGUUGUAUUCACAAUGGUGUUGGACUGAAGCAAAUUGUGGUGUGCGUACAUACCAGACACAACCUGCAGGGCUUCAACUUCAGAACUUGGUAGAGGAAUUGUUGUAGAGCACAUAUCAUUUGAAAACCAUUCACAAUUUGGUAAAUUGAAGUCAGCAGGAUAAUAGUGUGCAGAUGGAUAAACAAUAUUCAGCUAUUUGUUCCAAGCCUUCACAAAAUAUGGAAUAUUUGUUAAAUGUAGACUUUGGUGGAAAAUAUGAUGUUCCUAUAUAAUAAACUGAUUUGCAUCUUCAGUCACCAAGACAGAAAGUUGUUUGAUUGUCUGGUUAACUGUUACGGUUAACCUCGUCUCGAACUUAAGUGUGGACGGCACCAUGCAACAACGUACCGAACCUCGUCGCGAUCAGUGUGCAAUAUCGAAGAGCUCCACUAGUUGUCGGUAAAUCCGUCCUCAUCAAAGGAAAUGGUCAUCGAAAGGUUCAGGACGAGGGUCGCUGUGAAUUCACAUCUGGAGUGGUUUGCGAACUUUUCGGCGUUCCUGUCAUUGUUAUUUUGAAAUUGGAUUGAAUGGACGUAAUAAAAUUGUUUACUAACAAUAGAAAAUUAUUCGAAAAAACGAAAUGUGGGACCCACUAAGGUGAUCAAAAAUGCGAAGUCAGAAGGCUACAAUAUUGUGAAGUUUUUACAGUGUGUUCAUAAAGUGUGGAAAUGCUCUAUUAUCUCAUGACUUAAUUAUUUUCAGAGCUAAAGCUCUAACAGGUCGAUUUUUAUUUUUGUAUUAUGAUUUUUCGACGUAUAUCCCAUAAUAGUGACGUCAUCGAUUUUUGCGUGAUGACGUCAUCGAUGAUUUUUUUAAAUGGCAAUAGGGGUCGUGUGAUAGCUCAUUUGAAAUGUUAUUCAAUUCUCUAUUCAGUAAUAUAAACAUUAACAUCAUUAUUUUUACAGGGUGGUCAAAAAUAAUUUUUGAAUUAAAUUAAUAUACGAAGAGAAGAUAAGAUAAGAUAAUUGACGCAAAAAGAAGAAUGUACGUAAUUUAUUUAACUCAAAAUACCCUUGUUUACCGAAAAAAAUGUUUAUUUCAUAAAUAAACAUUGCUUUUCGCUUAAAUUAAAUGUCAAACAGCCGCCCACCUGCCUCUUGGCAGUUUUAAUAUUUAAUUUAAGCGAAAAGCAAUGUUUAUUUGUCAAAUAAAUAUUUUUUUCUCUUUUCUGACAGCAGUAAAAUGUAUUUUGAGUUAAAUAUUUACAAAUGCUUGGUUUUAUAAAAAGAUGCACUAGAUAGAGACUUUCAGAAUAUUGAAGCAAUUAAACUGCUAUAUUGUUCUCUAGUUAGACCUCAUCUAGAGUAUUGUUCUUGUGUAUGGUCCCCAUCUUAUAAUAUUUACAUAUCAAAAAUCAAAUCAAAAUAUCAAGUAAAUUAUCAAAUUGAAACCCAACUUGGUAUUCUCUCAUUGCAUAACCGACAAAUAAUUAAAGAUGCAAGGAUGCUUUAUGACAUAGUUAAUUCAACAGUUUUGUGUCCUCAGCUACUUGAGCAGGUUGGUCUCCAUGUACCUCUCCGUAGAACACGAAUAAACCAAACUUUCUAUGUUCCUAUUCACAGAACCAACUAUGAUUAUAACAACUUUUUAUCUCGAGCACUAAGAUGGGCAAAUGUUCACCCUGAUCUAGAUUUUUUUGCACCGAAGGCUGAAUGGACCGUGAUAGUGUGACGUCAAAACGUCAAAAAAGUUUCCAAAUAAAGCAAACGUUUGACGUCUGUCAAUUGAUUAUACACGUGAUUUGUGUAAUCAUUUUUAAUUUUAUUUUGUUUUAACAAUAAAUUAUCUGCUCAUUUUUUCUAAAGACACAAUCUUUGUUAGUCAUAUCAAUCAUAUUGCUUUUAAUUUUAUAAAUGUCCCUGCUAGGUCUGGAUCCCGCGUAUGAAAAAAAAAGUUGAUUAAUAGCAAGCUGAAAAUUUGUUAAUAGCUUAAGGGUGUCUAGUCGGAUAAACUUUAAUAUAUGGGAACACUGGAACAGGGGCAGUUUUAAUUGUGGAACAGGUUAAAAAUUUGGAACGGUCAGACCACGAAAACGGCACAUUUAUUUUGUCCGACAGAACAGACUUAAACUCUCCGAACAGAGAUUAAACUCUCAUGCAAAAAUCAGACUGCUAUUUAUCACCUGUCAUAAUUCCUGUCAAUUGACAUAUUCUACAUGUUCGACUCAUUAAAACGCCCAUUUGGUGAUAAAUAGCAGUCUGAUUUUUGCAUGAGAUUUUAAUCUCUGUUCGGAGAGUUUAAGUCUGUUCUGUCGGACAAAAUACAUAUGUGCCGUUUUCGUGUUCUGACCGUUCCAAAUUUUUAACCUUUUCCACAAUUAAAACUUCCCCUGUUCCAGUGUUUCCAUAUAUCAAAGUUUGUCGGACUAGACACCCUUAGAAUAGAAUAGAAUAGAAAUAUGCUUUAUUGUCAUGAAAAAUUUAACAAUUUUAUAGACAAAGCUUACAAGAAUCAUAAAUAAGAACAAUAACAAAUACAAUUUACUAAAAUGAUAUAAAUCGUCUAUAUAAAUAAAAAUAAUGAAGAGAAACAAAAAAAACAGUAACAAUCUAUUGCAAAAUUUAAAAAAAAAUUUGCAAAUUGCAUAUUUUACCUUAAGAAAUUUAAUAAGUUAAGUUAAGCUGCUGCAUAUGACACUCAAAUAUAGAUUAAGAUUAUACUUAUAAAUAAGAAUACUGUACUUUCUUAGUUAUUGGUUAAGAAACUCUGCUGUUGAAUAAUAUGGUCUUUCAGAUAAAUAGGCUUUAGUCAUUUUACGGAACUUGGGGAAAGAUGUUGCAGAUUUAAGUUGUAGAGGGAGAUGGUUGUAAAGUUUUUUUGCAGAAUAUAAUAUAGAUUUCUUUACUAACUCACUGGACGGGAUCGGUAAAUAGAUGUCAAAGGUAGAAUUUCUGGUGGAAUAGUCAUGUCUAGGUCUUGCUGGAAAGACAUGUAGAUGUUUACGAAUUAAGCAAACAGUUUCUAAAAUAUAUAAAGAAGGCAGUGUUAGAAUCCUGUGAUCUUUGAAGUAGCUUCUGCAAUGUGUUGUUCUUCUGAGGCCAAACAGACAUCUUAUUGCUCUUUUUUGUAAUUUAAAAAUAACAUCAGAUUGGGCAGCCGUACCAGAACCCCAAAAAGGGAGACCAUAUCGAAGAUGUGACUCGAACAAAGGAAAAAUAUGUUAUUUUGGAAGAGGCUAAAUUCAUUUCCUUCGAAACAGAUCUUAUUGCAAAGCAAGCUGAGGAUAGUUUCUUGCUUAACACAUCAAUAUGAAGGGACCAUUUCAGAUUGCUAUCUAAAAAAAUACCAAGAAACUUUACAGAAUCAACGAUACUGAUCUGGCUGUUAUGAAGAGGUAAGGGUUGAAGAGCUCCUUUAUAGGACAAUGCUACUGUUUUAUCUACGUUAAAAGAGAGUAAAUUUGCUAUUAACAAAUUUUCAGCUUGUUAUUAAUCAACUUUUUUUUCAUACGCGGGAUCCAGACCUAUACACAAAAUCAAGGAUUUACACACUACAAUCACUACAUGGUACUUACUGCGUUUCUUUAGGUUCUUAACUUGUCCUAUUUGGAAAUAUGGUGGGAAAUAUACUAUGAGCAUUGAUUACAAUCGCGGGUACACAACACAUCACCAUUUUGUAAAAAUUAAACAUCCUACAAGCAAUAUACAUUCUUCUUCUUGUAGUUCCUUCUCCUAUCGGAGGUUGGCUAUCAUCACAGCUAUCCGUACCUUAUUGGCGGCUGCUCUGAAAAGAUCAACUGAGCUGCAACUAUACCACUCUCUUAAGUUUCUCAGCCAGGAAAUUCUUCUUCUGUCUAUGGAUCUUUUACCCUUUAUUUUACCUUGCAUUAUGAGCCUUAAUAUCUCAUAUUUCGCACCUCUGGUAAUGUGGCCUAAAUAUUCCAGCUUCCUUGUUUUGAUGUUCUUUAUCACCUCGCAAUCCUUUUGCAGCCUUCUUAACACUUCUGCAUUUGUAACUCGUUGGAUCCAUGGUAUUUUCAAAAUCCUUCUAUAGCACCACAUCUCAAAGGCUUCCAACUUCUUUAUAUUUUCUACUUUUAGUGUCCAGCUUUCCAUUCCAUACAACAAAGUCGAGAACACGUAGCAUCUUAAGGCUCUUAUCCUCAGCUCCAGAGGAAGGUCUCGAUUAAGAAACGUCUUUUUCAUUUUUAUAAAUGCUUGUCUUGCAAUUUCAAUGCGUGUCCUGAUUUCUCUACCCUGGUCAUUGUUUUCAUUUACCCAGGUUCCCAGAUAUUUGUGUUUUCCCUCGAUAUCCAACCUUCCUCCUGUAUGUUGCUUAGAAAUAAUCAUGAACUUGGUUUUCUUAACGUUCAUUUGUAGUCCAUAGUCCAUACUGACUUGAUGUAAUCUAUUUACUAAUAGUUGCAGUGCAUCUAGACUGUCUGUAAAAAUAGCGGUGUCGUCUGCGAAUCUUAUGUUGUUCAAGAUUUUUCCGUUUAUUGAUAUACCCUGUUCUUCCUCUGAUAUUGCUUCCUUAAAAAUAGCUUCGCUGUACAGAUUGAAUAACAAUGGAGACAACACGCAACCCUGUCUAACACCUCUCUUGAUCUCUAUGGCCUCUGUCUCGACAUUUUCGAUUUUAACCGUUGCUUUUUGAUUCCAGUACAGAUUGACAAUAACCCGUAUAUCUCGACUGUCCACAUUCUUCUCUUUUAAAAGUUUUAUGAGUUUCUGAUGUCGUACUCUAUCAAAAGCCUUUUGAGAAUCUAUAAAGCAGACAUAGAGAUCUUGGUUCAUAUCUAGUCGUCUUUGCGCGAGAACGUUAAAAGCGAACAGAGCCUCUCUCGUUCCUAGUCCUCCUCUGAAACCAAACUGGGUGUCAUCUAUAUCUUCUUCUAUUUUUUUGUAUAGUCUUCCAUGUAUUAUUUUGAGGAAUAUCUUAAGUGUGUGGCUUAUUAAAGAAAUUGUUCUGUACUGGGAGCAUUCUGUCGCAUGUAUUGACUUUGGUAGUGUUACAAAUGUGGACAGCAACCAAUCCUGGGGUAUUACUCCUGUUGUAUAUACCUUGUUGAACAGAUCUAUAAAAGUAUAUGCAGUGUUUCUUCGUCAAUGCAUUUAAUUAGCUCAGUGGGUAUCUGAUCUGGGCCUACUGCUUUUGCGGUCUUUGCAUUUCUAAUUGCCUGUUCUAAUUCGCACAUUAUUAUUUUCGGUCCUGUUUGUUCCUGUGGUUCUUCUUGUAUCAUUCUAUCAUCGUCGAAUAGUUUCAUUAUGUAUUCCUGCCAAAACCUUAAUUUAUCUUUGAUGUCUGCGAUGAGUUUACCGUUAUCAUCUUUAAGUAUCCCAUAGUGUGCUCGCUUUUUGGUGCUUGUUAGCUCUUUUAUUUUUUUUAUGCAUAUUAAAGCUGUCGUAUUUUCUGUCAUACUCUUCUAUUUCUUUGCAUUGUUCUGUUAACCACUUUUCCUUGGCCUUUUUUAUCUCUACUUUAAUUUUAUUCUGUAGUUCUUUGUAUUUUGGCUCAUUUCUCCCUUUGGCUUUUCUCUUCUUUUCCAUUAAUGCUAGAAUUUCCGAAGUCAUCCACUUCUGCUUUUUAUUUGUCUGUGCAGGCUUUAAAUUUUCUUCCCCAGCCUUUAGCAAUGCCUUCUGUAUUUUAUUCCAUUUUUCAUUGACAUCUUCUGAUGUUAAAAUUUCUUCUUCUACUUGUGUUAGAUUUGAGUUGACUUGUUGGAUCAUUUUUUUAUGUAUUUCUGUUUUUCUUAAUUUCGUAUAAUCAAGUGAUGGUUUAUUUUUAUGGUAGGGGAGCAAAGUAUGCUAAAUGUGCAGUCACUCGAGCGCUUUGGAGACCUAUUGGGUUGUGAAGAGUAGGUCCUAAAACAAAAAAAAGUUAAGUAACAUUUUCCAUUUUAGUGGGCGCUUGCCAUUUUUUAAUUUAAUUUUCCAUCUCCAACAAUCGUUUUUUCCGAUUAUAACGCCAUCUAUGCAUAAUUCGAAAAAAUGUGUCGAAUAAAAGUUACUUAUUUUUUCGUAAGGAAUUUAAAUCUGCAAUAAAAAAUGGGGGAUCCUAUUUAAGAUUUUAAAGUAACCCCCCACCCCACCUCCGUGGGGGGUCGUGUUUUGUGCCAUUCGAUAGAUUGUUUAAACAUAUUAAAUAAGUGUAUUUUACAGUUUUUCGAUCUGAUGUUCAUUUCGCGAAAUAUCGCGGGAUUCGUAUUUAAAAUACUAAAUUUACCCCCCACCCCUCUCCGUGGGAAGUCGUGUUUGGUAUCAUUCGAUAGAUUUUUAAAAAAUAUUGAGCACAUAUUUUUUAGUUUUUCGAUCUGUCAUUCAUUUCGCGAAAUAUUCGCUUUUUUCUUGUGAAAUUUUGGGACUCACCCAUUUCCUUACGGCCGGCUCAAAUCGUCAGAUUUUUGAAAUAUACACUCUUUUGCAUGUACUCAACUUACCUUAUCUUAAUCUGACAAUUUCGACUUUUUUUAAGGAUAGAUUUUUUUUUCGGGCCCCCCUUAACGAACUCCCCUGUGUUAAGAGCCAAUAUAUGGUAGAGGUACAUAUGCAGGGUACCAGGUUUCUCCCCAUAUGAUAAUCUGACGCGCUCGAGUAACUGCAAAAAUCCCCGCUUGGGCUCCCCUACCAUUAUGUCUUACUAUCUUUUUGAGUUUCAAGUGCGUUACUGCUAUCAGCGGGUUAUGAUCUAAGUUGACAUCUGCUCUGGGGUACGCCUUUACUGCUUUUAUGGAAUUUUUGUAUCUAUUUUUGACCAGUAUAUAGUCUAUUUGGUUUCUGACGAUGCGGUCUUUGUUGUCUGUAAGAGAUCUCCAAGUGUACAAUCUUCUGUCGGGUAGCUGGAACAUUGUGUUCAUUACUGGAAAAUGUUCAUUUUGACAAAAAUCCACGAGUCUAUCCCCUCUUUUGUUUCUGACACCUAGUCCAAAUUCCCCAACAUAUUCGUCAACUUUUCCUCUCCCCCUUUCCCCGUCACUUUUAUCAAUAAAGCCCCUCAUUACUAUCGUAAUAUCGUCUUUUCUAAUAGAUCUUAAAAUUGUGUCUAACUCCAUGUAAAAAUAUUCUUUGCAAUAUACAUAUUCCAAUUAUAAAAACGAAAAUAAACACCACGUGUGAAUUUUUGACACAUUUUUGUUUUGUUUGGAAAUUAUUCCAGAGUAGGCAACAUUGAUUUGACGUCACGAUUAUCACGGUCCAUUUAUUUGUUGUGAUAUGUAAAUCUGAAUUACGUGAUUAAGAUUGUGAUAUUUAUAUUUUAUUUUAUUUUAAUUAUUGAUACACAUAAGUACAUUAAAAUAUAUUAUCAACUUGUAAUCCUAUUGGGCAGCAGCCCGUUGAAAAUAAAUAAAUAAAUAAAAAUAAAUUACA